UUUAAUAAAUAGAUAUGGUGCGAGUGUGUUAAAGCUGCUCUGUUCAGUCUGCUGACUGUACAUGGAAUACAGUAUGCUGUGUUUAAUAUCCGAGCUCUGUAUAUGUGCACUUAGGGAAUACUUAGGGAGAUUUAAAUUUUCAUGAGGGUCCUAUAAUUUCGUCCUAAACUGUACGGCAGCUGGCUUCCAUUAUGGUUUAUUAAUGCAUCCUUUUCAUUUCUCCUCUGCACAAAUACCAUCAAAUCUGAGAACACAACCCCAGCGGACAAAUUCCUUCCUGCAGACGGUCUGUGACAUCAUAUGAUGUCAUGGUGAUAAAGCAUCACGUGACAUCUCACCAGUUGAUGUCAUUAUCAGCAUCAUGUAGGAAAUGAGCACACAUACAAAAGCACACACACACACACAGAGGUAAAAGAAGAGAGUAACGGAGAAAUAAAUACCCCCCCCCACCCCGGCAGCAGGAGGAGGAGUCAGCAGGGUGAGGAUGCUGCUUGGUUGCCGUGGUUUCAGCCUCCCAUUUCUUGUGGUGACUGUCGCCGAGGAUGCGCGUGUGCGUGUUUGAGUGUGUGGGGCUGAAGGGUGUUUGUGUGCGUGUGUGUAAUUCUGACAGAGGUGAGAAUAUAUGAGAUAAGGACAGAGGAGAGAAGGAAAGGAGACAAGGAGAGGGAGAACAGAGGUGCCGGGGAUUACUGUCACUGCAGUGAGUCGCGGCUUUCUGCAGCUGCAUAUCUGUGACGACAGCAGGACUCUUCAUCGGUCCAUCAUCGUUACUGCACAAGGGUGGAGGACUGAAGCAGGCAAGGAAGCAGCAGAGGAGACAGUGAAGGAGGGAAGGAGGUAGUGAAGGAGUCAGCAAAGGAUAAGGUGAAGGAGUGAUGGAUGGAGUCUGAUUACUCAGUGAACCUUUGGUCUCACAAUGUAUCAGCAGGAGGCGUCUUCCUUCAGGAGGUUUUUCCAGUAUGUGGAAGACAGUGGUCUUCGAACCUACGACGGACUGGUGAUUCAAAAUGCUUCAGACAUCGCACGGGAGAGUGAUCGUGUUCGCAACCAGACCAACUGGACGUACCUGCAGGAGAAGCACCAGAAGAAGAGAAGACAGGACGACGCCAUCAACAGGAUUGGUGAAGAUGUUUCCAUGGUACCUGAUGUGUCAUACUCUGGGAAACAUUUCAGGAUAGGUUUCAUGACGAUGCCAGUGCCACAAGACCGGCUGCCCCCUCCGAGCCAAGGCUUCACAGUCCGAUCCCAGUCCCUCCACUCUGUUGGUGGGGGCGAAGACGAGUCCAACCAAAGCCGAAAACAACCACCACCCAAGCCCAAGAGAGACCCCAACACCAAACUGAGCAGCAGCUCUGAGAUGGUGAACGGAGGAUCUGGACUCAGAAGAGACCAGCAGGAGGGCAAAGACACAGCAGACCACAUGGAGGCUCAGUGUCCUUUCUACUCUGAAGACUACAGGAAGUUGCCUCCGCCCAAACCGAAGAGAAACCCAAACACGCAGCUCAGCACCUCCUUCGAUGAGUCCUACAUACAUGAUCAUGCCAGCAGGAAGUCUUCUGUACGGUUGGACAAAUCCUCGUCUCAGAGUCAAAGUCCAGGAUCCAGGGACAUGGAUGACGAGGAACCGGUUUAUAUUGAAAUGGUGGGAAACAUCUUGCGUGAGAUGAAGGGUCAGGAAGUGUUGGAGGACGAGCAGAAUGAGUCGGUGUACGAGGAGAUGAAGUACCCAGUGUUGGACGACCUUCUGCAGGACGCUCACUCUGCCAUCAUGGACUCUGAGAUCUGGUCUUGUGGGUCUCUGUGUGACAUCCCUCCACCCUUCCCUAACCUCCUGACUCACCGACCUCCUCUACUCGUAUUCCCUCCUGCACCAGCUCAGUGCUCGCCUAACUCUGAUGAGUCCCCCCUCACACCCAUGGACGUCACCCGGCUGCCUAUGAUGGAGAACGUCUCCUAUAAAUCAGGUGGUGUGGAACACCCCCAGCACCACGCUCACCGUAGCAAGGACAGAGACCGAGACCGAAAACGAGAAGUGGACAGAGAACACUCCUCCAACCACACCAUCACAUCUUCUGGACGCUCCUCGGCUCCACCACUACCGUCCAACUACUACAAGUCUUCAGACUCUCUUCACGGUGGUCAUGGUUACCCACGCAGUCACUCAGCAUGUCCGUCUCCAGUCAGCAUGAGUCGCCCUCUGACCCCACUGAGCCUUAAGAGGCCCCCGCCCUAUGACACACUGGCAGCUGGAGGAAGCAUGCCUCGCUCCUCAUCCUCAUCAUCACACAAAGUGGAACCCAAACUCAGUAACUCCUCCAACAUCCACAGCUCCAUGCAGAACGUGUCAGCGAGGUCACAGACGCCAACGAGCCCAUUGGACAAUGUGAACAACCUGUUUACCUCAGGUAAACAAGCAGUGAGGAGAGAGUCGGGAGGCAGGAAGAGCAGGGAAGGUGAAGUAGGUUACAGGUCACUUCCCAGACAUGACAGCAGAGACAGAGAAGGACGAUCCAGUCCAGGAUCCAGCAGGAGGGGGAGGUCGUCUGUCAGCCCCACGAUGAUGCUGUGUGGUGGAGGAGGAGAGUCGGUGUCUGUGGGUAAACUGGGACGUUCGGCCUCCACCUCCGGAGUCUCUUCACCUGGAGGAACUCCUUAUCGUCAUCUGCACGAAGCCCAUCAGCACGCCCUGAGCCAGAUGCCGUGGCUCUGUGGAGACUCCACCAUGAUGGAGAUGAUCGAGAAGAAGAGAGUUCUGUGUCGGGAAAUCAAGGCCCGUCAGCGGCCUGAGAAGAAUCUGUGUAAACAGGACAGUAUGCCCAUCCUGCCCAGCUGGAAGAAGAAACACCCACCGCCAUAUUCAGCCCCAGCAUCUGCCGGAGCCACAGGACACAACACCACUGUCUUCUGGGACACGUCCAUCUGAGGCAGAGCUCAGAGCAGAGGC